AUGGACACCUCUCAAUCCGCGCCGGUCCCUGAGAUCAGGCCGUCGUUCACUUUCCCAUCGCCUCAGGUCAAGGUUGACUGCCACGAUGAAGCCGUCGACGACAACCCCCCGCCACCCCUCGCCCACCACCUGACCGAGCCUACCGCUGUCCAUCGCUUCUCGAGCCCCAUGCGACACCACAAGCGAACCCCGAGUGCCCAUCGCGAAGUCAAGGAAACCCUCGAUGCGCAGACGCAGUUCGGAAACGAAGAUGCUGACGGAAAGUCGAAUCAUCGCGUGAACCAAUAUACUAUCUUGGAGGAGAUUGGGAGAGGCUCAUAUGGUGCCGUUCAUCUCGCGACGGAUCAGUUUGGCCAUGAGUAUGCCGUCAAAGAAUUCUCAAAAGCUCGUCUUCGAAAACGGGCCCAGUCGCAUAUCUUGAGGCAGGGCCCUCGAGGCCCUAGACGUAUGGGCCCUGGCUUUGGAUUCAAUGCUCGCGCCACCGAGAGCAACGAUGCGCUGCACUUUAUUCGUGAGGAAAUCGCCAUCAUGAAGAAGUUAUACCACCCCAAUUUGGUCCAGCUUUACGAGGUGCUGGAUGACCCCGAGGAGGAUUCCAUCUACAUGGUCUUGGAGAUGUGCAGGAAAGGCGUCGUCAUGAAGGUCGGUCUGGAUGAACAGGCUGAGCCAUACCCCGAAGAGAACUGCCGUUACUGGUUUCGCGACUUGAUCCUGGCCAUUGAGUACCUUCACGCCCAAGGUAUCAUCCACCGAGACAUCAAGCCCGACAAUCUUCUCUUGUCGGAUGAUGAUGUCCUCAAGGUGGUUGAUUUUGGCGUGUCCGAGAUGUUCCAGAAGCCAGAGAACAUGAGGACAGCAAAGUCUGCUGGCUCGCCCGCGUUUCUCCCCCCUGAGCUUUGCGGCAAGCAUGCUGAUGUCUCGGGCACUGCCGCUGAUAUCUGGUCUAUGGGCGUCUCGUUAUACUGCCUCAAAUAUGGUCGGAUACCCUUCAACCGCGAAGGCGUCCUAGACAUGUAUGAUGCUAUCAAGUCGGAUGAGCCGCAAAUCCCCGAAGACGAGAACCCUGAUUUUGUCGACCUGAUGAGUAAGAUCCUCGAAAAGGACCCAGAGAAGCGUAUCACCAUGGAUAAACUCCGAGAGCAUCCCUGGGUGACCCAGAAAGGAGCUGAUCCCCUGCUCCCCGCAGAGGAGAACUGUGCCAACAUGAUCGAGCCCCCAAAUGAACUCGAGGUCAUCCGCGCCUUCACGCGUAAGAUGAAUCACCUCCUCUGCGUUAUGAAGGCCAUCCACCGCUUCAAGAACAUAUUGGCCAGGCAUCGCGCCAGCUCUCGACCCGGGUCAGGCACCCCUAACCAGAUGCAGGGUGCCUUUGAUCCAUCCCAGGAGAGGGCCAAGGCUGAAGUGAUUGAGGCCCUACUGUCGCAGCGACGGAAAGUCCAGGCUCAGAAGCUCGUGAAAGAAGACAACGAGGCACCGCCAGCAAGGGAUGAUAGGGAGGAGGGCGUGCCUUUCUUGGGCAUCGGCACGGGUGCCAGGGGCGACUUUGCCAAAGACGAGGCCACCCCCGCCCUGGUCUCAGAUUCUCCAACUGCCGUCGACUUUAACGUCUACGAUCGGGCGUAUGAGAGCGCUAUCGAAAACAUCACUUCGGGGCAGAAUGACUCGUCACGCAAACCGACCGUGUACCUAACUAAGUUCGUCAAGGAUGCGAAGAACAUGAAGGGGGUCCCCGAACUUGUCGAGGGCGUAGAUACGCCCAAAGACGAAGAUCGGCAGGCGUCCUCGAGCUCGACGGGCACGAUAACACAGCUGACGUCGAAGCUGGACGUGUCUGAUGCCAAGUAA